UCAACUUCCGGUACUGUGAUGUUCAAAAGUUUGAACAGACGUUUCAUUAAAGUUGUUAUUUUUGUGAAUGAAACGAAAAAGAUGUAAAAUAAAUGAUACCUUUAAAACUUGGGAUCAAUAGAUAUUGGACCCAGUUAAAUCGAACACGGUGAUGAAUACAGACUUUUGUAAUGGCUGUACAGAGUUAGUUGGACCACCACCCAUACCGCCACCAGAAUUUUUGCCCCAGGAUGAAUGUCAUGACAUCAUAUCCACUUGCCAAUUCUUGUCUAGUCAAAAAUCUCUUUGGUCAAAUUUUUCAGAAGAUUGUCUCCAUACAGUCACAGUUAGCACUGCUACACUUACUACCACUGAAAAAACUACCAGAUCUUCCACUGAAAACAUUGUAGCAGUUGUCACACAGAAAUAUCCGCAACUAGUCACUGGAAUCAUUUCUACUUAUACAACUUUUGACAGUCCUGUCUUCAAUGUGACAAAAUCUCCCCAAUCAUUAUUUUAUGCAGGAUUCCCUGCCUGGUUAAUUGGUGUGAUUGUUGUAGCUGUUCUUGCCAUCAUCAUCGUUGUUGUAAUCAUUGUAGCUUGUAUCAUCAAAAAAGCAAAAGGAGAGAGAUGUCUGCUCAAUCUGAGGAAAGUUUUUUCCAUCCAAUUUUUAACAGAAAAAAGACUCCAAAUAAAGAGGUCAAAUAUAUCCAGAUGGAUUUCUUCACAUUCAAAAUGGUCAAGAUGCUUUUCUAGUCAAUGUUGGAAAAAAUGGCCAAGAUGCUUUUCUAGUCAAUCAAGCAUGUCAUCGCAUCAUAUAGAGAAAGAAAAUCCCAGAAUUGAUCUACCAGACAUCAUCCAAGAACAACAGAGCCCUAGCUCAUCAUCACCGCUUACAUACAGUUAUUCAGAUGGCUCUCCAACGAUUCAAUUAGAUAUUGCCACAGAAUUUUGUGUAGAGGUUUUCAAAGAAAUAGAACAAAGCAGAAUUCAAAAUACCCAUUCAAACAAGGAUUCCAACAAUUAUUGUGAAUUCAUUAAAAAUGAUGCUCCUUCCAUAGACAUUGAAAAGCAGGUGAACAAAAGUAAAAACAGGGAAAUAAUUGCAUGUGUAAAUGUGAUUAAUGGGGAACGUCAGUUGGGGGAUAAUUCUAUGUCAAACAGGGAAUCUUUGAACCAUCAUGAAGAGAAUAAAGAUAUGACAAAAAUUGAUAGAGGAACUUUUAGGAAUGAAGAUUUAAAGGAGAAGUUAGAACAUUUAGCUGUAUCAUCAGAUGAUAUUGUAUUAUGUGAUACCCCUCAGAGUUUGACUGUUGACAGUGGUUAUGCUUCCAGACAAGUAUCCAAAGAUAACUGUUCCUGUUAGUACAUAUAUAUGCAGUCAUUUAGUUCAAAUUCAGAAUAAAACCAAAUGGUUUAAUAUUUCUUUUUAGGUUACUGCAUCAACUAUGCAUAUACAUGCUUUUUGAAACAUUUAUGUUGUCUUUUUCUCUGACUUUUGAAUUGUCAAUAGUUGUAAGAUGCUUUAAAAGGAAAAAUCCAUCUAGUUAUGUUCUUUUUGUAUUUAAAACUUUAAUUUCAAUUCAUUUCAUUAUAACCGUUUGUUGAAAAUGUCGGUUAACACCUGAAUUCUAAGUACAUGUGUACUGACAAUUGGAAAAGUUUUAAGACCUAGAUAUAUAAAGGUUAAAUGUGUUUUGUGUUCACUCAAAGACCAACACAUUGGAAUCUGUUAUCAUCAAGGUUUCUCAGCCAAAUCUUCACUCCAUCUUGUUUCGUUUUAUUUAUAAAGACCAAAGUAUAAAUUAAUUUGAAAAACAUUACAAGAUAAUGAAAUCACUGUGCUUUUAGGAUAUGUUGUAUGUAUAAAAACAAGACAGACCUUAUUUGAUGUAAACACAUAUUCUUUGGAUUAUAUUAUGGUGAUAUAAACACAUUUUUCUAAUUUUAUUGUGAUAAGAAUCACAUAGCAAAUAUGUUCAUGUAAUUUUUAUAUUGUCUGCUUCUCAUACAAAAAAGAGUUUAUCCAAAAUGUUUCUUUCUGAAUACUAUUAUUUACUUUACAUUUUCACUGCUAGCUUUUAUUUUAACUUACCCAAUUGAUUGUGUGCAGUUACAGGCAUGCAGUUGUUACUGUACAGUGUAUCUCUGUGGUGUACUGUAAAUUGCUACUAGAUCUGAGUAACUUUUGAUGCCAUUUAAUAUUCAAUAUAUGAGUGUAAAACAAAUCACCAUAAUUUUUUUAUUAUAAAAAAUUUAAAACUGGAUGUAUCAAUUUAUUUUUAUAGGAAUUGACCAAUGGUUUACAAACUGUAGUGCUUUGUAUAUUGUUUAGUUGUACAAAUUUAUUGUUGUAUAUUUUAUUUUUUAAAUUUAUGCUAUCGAGUGCAAUUAUCAUUAUUAUUAUUAUUGUUUUAUGUUGUAUUCUGUAUUUUAGUUUCAAUUUUUAUUGCAAGUUUGUUUUUUGUUUUUUUGUUUUGUUUUGUUUUGUUUUUUUUACUGUGAACAACUUUUAUAUAUUUCCAACAAAUUUGACAAUUUCUAAUCUGUUGAUGAAACAUCUUCCUAAGAUCACAAUUUUAAUGAAAACUCAGUAAUAUUUUUUGUCUGCCUAUUUUUUGACAUGCAGUGAUAUAUAGACAGGUUAUCUCAUACCAUUUCUAGAAGACAGGAGUUGGUUCUUUACUCCUUUCAUUUAGAAGAUUUCACAUAGGUGUUAUACUCCUUUGAUAUUAGGUAAUUUUUUCUUGACCUAUGGUCUAAUAUUUUAAUAGAUAACUGUGAAAAUUUUUGCCCACUUAAUUUAGACUGAAUGCCCUUUUGUCCCUUGACAUUGUAUAUCAUAAAAUUUGAAAGGCAUUUGACACCAAUGAUGCAACUAAAAAAUUGUCAAACCACACUGUCUUUAAUAAAAAAUUGUCAAACCACACUGUCUUUAAUAAAAAAUUGUCAAACCACACUGUCUUUAAUAAAACAUUGUCAAACCACACUGUCUUUAAUAAAACAUUGUCAAACCACACUGUCUUUAAUAAAAUAUUGUCCAACCACACUGUCUUUAAUAAUCAAACCACACUGUCUUUAAUAAAAAGUUGUCAAACCACACUGUCUUUAAUAAAAAGUUGUCAAACCACACUGUCUUUAAUAAAAAAUUGUCAAACCACACUGUCUUUAAUAAAAAAAUUGUCAAACCACACUGUCUUUAAUAAAAAAUUGUCAAACCACACUGUCUUUAAUAAAACAUUUUCAAACCACACUGUCUUUAAUAAAACAUUGUCAAACCACACUGUCUUUAAUAAAAUAUUGUCAAACCACACUGUCUUUAAUAAUCAAACCACACUGUCUUUAAUAAAAAGUUGUCAAACCACACUGUCUUUAAUAAAAAGUUGUCAAACCACACUGUCUUUAAUAAGAAAUUGUCAAACCACACUGUCUUUAAUAAAAAAUUGUCAAACCACACUGUCUUUAAUAAAAAGUAAAUAGUUUGAAUCAAGGGACAGUAACAGCAAGAAAUAAACAUAACUAUCACAGGUCAGAGGGAGUUUAAAAACCCAAGAACAUGUUAAAUUUAAGCCCAUAGUUAAUGUGUGUGUCCUAGAGCAAGUUCUGGGCUAUCAUUAUCUUAUCGUACUGUAAAUUUCACCAAAUUUUGCAUGCAUUUUUUAAUAUGAUUGUUGAUCAUAGCACUAAAAUACCAAAGUAAUUUAAGUGAUUUCAGGAAAGAUCCCUACAAACAAUGCUUUUAGAAUUAUAAACUGGGUGUUCUGAUUAAUAUUGUUCCAAUUCCAUCCCUUAAUUUUAGUUAAGUCUCCCAAACGAAGUUUGGAAAGACUUAUUGUUUUUGCUCAGUUCUUAUUAUUAUUAUUAUUAUUCUUCUUCUUCUUCUUCUUCCGCCACUUUUAAAUUUGAACUUGUCCGCACCUGUUCUCCAAAACCGCUUGUCAGAUUAACUUAGGGUUUCACAAUAUGUUAGACUAACAUGUCUAGUGGUGCAAUCAGGGUUUUGUUUGUGCAAUGGGGUUUAUAAAGGAGUACUUUGAGGGGCAAAAAGAAAAGAGGGUUUUACUAAAGAACCCUAUGGGAUUUUAUUUUUUAAAAUUUUCAAAUGAUUAUAAAUUGAAAAACCGUUUGUGAUAGACACAAUCUUUUUAAUUGAAAAUGUUCUAAUUGAUAAAGCCCAUUAAAUGAAAUACAGGGUUAGUCCCCAGGGGUCACCCCCACCCCCUGCCAUUUAAGAAAGUUCUAAUACCUUGUAAGUGGUCAAGAUCCCCACCCCUAAACCAUAUAUAUUUUGGUUUGUUAUGCUAAGAUGGUUUGAAUGAUAUACAGGAUUAGUCCCCAGGGGUCAUCCCGACCCCCCUGCCAUUUGAGAAAGUUCUAAUAUCUUGUAAAUGGUCGAGAUCCCCACCCCUACACUAUAUGUAUUCUGGUUUGUCAUGAUAAAGCACAUCAAAUGUAAUACAGGGUUAGUCCCCAGGGGUCACCCCCACCCCCUGCCAUUUAAGAAGGUUCUAAUAUCUUCUAAGUGGUCAAGAUCCCCACCCCUAAACCAUAUAUAUUCUGGUUUGUCAUGCUAAGAUGGUUUGAAUGAUAUACAGGGUUAGUCCCCAGGGGUCAUCCCGACCCCCUGCCAUUUGAGAAAGUUCUAAUAUCUUGUAAAUGGUCGAAUUCCCAACCCCUAAACCAUAUAUAUUCUGGUUUGCCAUGAUAAAGCACAUCAAAUGAAAUACAGGGUUAGUCCCCAGGGGUCACCCCCACCCCCUGCCAUUUAAGAAAGUUCUAAUAUCUUCUAAGUGGUCAAGAUCCCCACCCCUAAACCAUAUAUAUUCUGGUUUGUCAUGCUAAGAUGGUUUGAAUGAUAUACAGGGUUAGUCCCUAGGGGUCAUCCCUACCCCCUGCCAUUUGAGAAAGUUCUAAUAUCUUGUAAAUGGUUGAAAUCCCCACCCCUAAACCAUAUAUAUAUUCCUAUUUGUCAUGUCUCGAACAUUUGAAUGACGUAUACGGUCAGUCCCCAGGGGUUCCCCCCACCCCCAAUGUUCUAAUAUCUUGUAAAUGGUUGAGAUCCCCACCCAUAAACCAUAUAUAUUCCUGUUCGUCAUGUAAUGAACAUUUGAAUGACGUAUAGGGCCAGUCCCUAGGGGUUCCUCCCCACCCCCAAAGUUCUAGUAUCUUGUAAAUGGUUGAGAUCCCCACCCCUAAACCAUAUAUAUUCUGGUUUUUCAUGCCAAGAUGAUUUGAAUGAUAUACAAGGUUAGUCCCCAGGCAUCACUAAUGCAUAUAACUUUACUGGACCAAACCAAUUUUCACUGGACGUUGCCCAAUGUCAGGCGACCUUGGGAAUUACGAAUUAUGGGAGUUUCGUUUGGGAGACUUCGUAACAGCAUCCUGUUACAAUCAUUUCUUGUUGUAAUAAAAUUUGUGAAUAUUGUUGAAUUUACAAAUUUUUUUUUUUAUUUAAUAUUAUUCAAUAAAAUUAAGCUGUUUGUUUGUUUCUUCUUAAACCUUAUAUUUUGUAUAUAGGGUAGGAAGGGAUGUUUUCUUCUGAAUAUCACUUUUUUAUUUGAUUGGGUAAGGGGCUGUUUUAAAAUUUACCUUACAGUUUGUAUACUGCCUUUGCUCAUUCUUGAAGACAAUGUUGUGAUUUAUGGAUGUACAUUUUUUUCUUUUUUGGAUAUAUGUCAUAUUUACAAUCAGUUACAUUACAUGCAGUACCUUAUUAUUUAGUUUCCAUGUGAAAUGUUGAUGAAUGUUCUACCUAACUAAAUCACAGUAUACAUGUAUAGCGGGUAAAAUUAUUGACUUGGGUAAUACUUUCUUCAUCUAUGUUUAUAUGUGUUCUUUUUAUGUAUAAUGUUAUGACAUUGUCAUUGAUGAUUGAUUUGUGGGUUAUGGCCCAAAUCAUUUAGGAAUUAGGGGCAAAAAACUAGGAUUUUUUGUUUUCAGGACAAUUACUUUGGUAUAAGUUUGUGGAUCUCUAUGAAAUUGUACGAAAAGGUUCCAUACAAAAAAAGGAAGGUUGGGAUUGAUUGUGGGGGUUAUGGCCCUAAUCUAACCAUGUAUUUAGUUUUUGGAUUUUGAGUCCGGUUUUCAAGUUGGUCCACUGGUCCAAAAUUUAAUUUUGUUUGAUUUUGACAAAAAAAAUAAUUCAAGGGGUUCUUUGAUAUGCUGAAUCUAAACAUGUAUUUAGAUUUAAGAUUUUUGAUUUUAAGAUUUUUGAUUUUUAGAUUUUUGAUUUUUGAUUUUUGAUUUUGGGCCCAGUUUUCAAGUUGGUCCAAAUCAGGGUCCAAAAUUAAACUUUGUUUGAUUUCAACUAAAAUUGAAUAUAUGGGGUUCUUUGAUAUGCUGAAUGUAUUUAGAUUUUGGAUAUUGGACCAUAAUAGGUAAAUGUCUAAUUUCAAAUUUUUAAGUUUCUUAGACCACAUUCAUUCUGUGUCAGGAACCUAUGCUAUGUCAAAUAGUUAAUCACAAUCCAAAUUCAGAGCUGUAUUAAACAAUUAAUAGAAAUAAUACGAUUCAUAGUUCAGAAUAGAUCUAGCUUCAAAUUCAAAUUUUAGAGAAGAAAUUAUGCAUAAAUAUAGUUUGAAAUUUGAGUUGAAUAUUGGCUUUCAGAAGUAUAAAAAUAAAAUUGUUGGUAUAUGAAGUAAUUAUUUCCUGAUCACUUCUAACUGCAGUUCUCCAUGGCUUCAAAACAGCUUGUUUCAAAUCAUAACUUUAUAGUUGUCAAAUUCAUUAUGUGGUCAAAUGACCAUUAGGAAAAGGCAGUAAGUGUAAGUGUAUAACCAGAUAAUUUGUGUAGGAGAGAAAUAAGAUCUUAUCAUGACUUACAAAUAUCUUAUGUAAUGUAAAGCCUCUUUUUAUGAAAUCGUGGUGGUUUGUCUCUCUACCUUUAGGUUGGACUACUCAUUUACAUGCCAAGCAUUUAUUUUUGAAAUUAUGUGUGAUGCAGAACUUUACUGUAAUACAGAAUGUAUUUGAAAAUGCAAAAUAUUAAAUGAAUUAAUUUUUUGUCAUGAAUGGUAGAAUAGAAGGCUAUUUUAAAUAGUUCAGAAGUUUUAUUUACCUAUUUAUUUAUUUUUUAUUUUUAAAUUGCAGCAAUUUACUGUUGUUUUUAUUUUAUUCUGAUAUUAACAGUUGUUACUAUAUUCACAAUAAAAACGAACGUUAGUUA